AUGCUUUAGUUAAGUGAAAAUGUUACAGAAUCAGAUGCUCAAAUUUUAAAACUUGAUAUUCAAAACUAAUAAAGUGAAAAUAAAAUAUUAAAAACCGAAAGAUGGACUUAAUAUGACCUAGACUAUUUUCAGAACCACUUUCUCUAAAUUGCAAACUUAUCAUUCUCAUACUUCAAAUUGCACUUCCCUGCUAAUUCUGCCAUCCACAUUAAAGACCACAUCAAAUUUAUUUAGAUUUUAAAGUAAAUUAACUAUGGAGGUGUCACCAUCGAAGAUGCUUUCAAAUAACAACGAUCUCGUCUACAACUAGAAGUAUCAAAAAUAACGAAAUCAAUUAAAACUGUAGAUGAACCAAUAAUGCCUAAAAUUAUGAAUUACAAGAUAGAUAUCGAAUAGAUCUAAACUAUUCAAGAUAAAUAUUUCUAUCCCAGAAAUUGUGAUUUCUUAAAUCCCUACUUAAUUCUUAAUUUGAAAAUGACUCUUCCAAAAUCAACUGCCAGACCUCUCAACAAAGAACUUUAUCAAAGUAUAACGAGUUUAGAAGAUGUACCGUCAUUUUAAUUUAUGAAUUCCACUCUCAUUUAACCUAUUCUCAAUUAUGAUAUGCUCAAAAAUUCAUUUGAAUACCGAAUGAAUAAGCUAAUGCAAAGAAAUCAGCAAAUUUCAUACACUAUUAAAAGAUAUUAGCAAUCUAUUAAGAAUUAUGAUAUUAUCGAUGACGAUAUCUAAGAUGGUUAACUUAAAGAAAUAAAAAAAGAGUUUUGUUCCUCCAUUAAAUAAGUCUAUGAAAAAAGGAGCAAAGACAUUAUCAAUGAAUAAAAUAAAAAAAUCGCUCUAGAUGACCCAAUUUCAAAACGAUCUACCCCACAUCAAACAGAGAUCUUCAAAGAAAACGACUCUCUUCUUUAUAAACCUAUAUAAGAAGAUGAAUAAUAAUAAUAAGAUAUUGUAACAUGUACAAAUUACAAUGAGAGAUCUUAGGAGUAAUUACCUGAUUUAGAUGCUGAAUCGCCAAAGCUACAUUCAUUAAGAUUAACACCAUAUGACUUUAUGGAAAAGACUUAUCAAUAGACAUUGUCCUAAAAAAUGGUACCCCUAGAUCAUUAACAUUAAUUUACUCAAAGUCCUUUAAGGGCAGCACCAAAAUACAAAUGUUCUUAUAAAUCUUUAGAUCUUCAAUAAUCUCUAAUUUUGAGUCCAAGUACUUUAAGAUGUCCUAAAAGAAUAUUUGCAUAUUAAAAAAUUCAAGCAUAGAAUUAAUAAAACUCACAAAAUGAUCCAGUUGCAAAAGUUAUUCAGGACCCGCCGAUUUAAACUUCAGAAAAUUUAGAAUAAUCUAUCGAAACUUAAACACUAGAUACUUAAAAAACAAUUUUAACGAAUAGGAAUACACAAAAGACAUCUUUAGAUAAAAUGCCAUUAAAACCAAUUGCAAUAUAGUAAAUUAGAUUGAAAAAAUUGAAAGAUAAAUUUAUUGAUAAAAAAGAAACUACUUUUCCUUAUGUAAGGGAAUCUCUACCAAGAGUUUAAGAAGUACUUUUGUUUUAAAAAAAAAAUAAUAUGAAGAACCAAUUGUAACACUAAUUAAUAUUAUUGACUCGAUCUGAAUAAAUAUUGACCUCCUUAAUGUCGAAUGGACAAAUUCGAGGAACAGAACUUUAUCAAUAAUUAUUAUAACCUAUAAAAUUAUCUACCAGUCAAAAGUUUUUAAGUCCCAAAAGUAAUACUUUGAUAUCAAGAACCAAAUUCAAAAAAAUAUAACAAGAAACUAAAAUGUUUAAUUUGAAAUGA